AUGGUGCCAGGCCCUGGAACGCUUGCGCCUGCCAACACUCCCUACCCCUCUAGAACCCCCACGGCCCAAAGCUGCUCAGCCCCUCCCAACUCCCCCGAACCAAUGCAUGUCAAGCGAGGAAAACGGUCAUCGAAAGAGCCCUUCCCAGACCUCGAUGACGAACAACUCAACUACAACCCCUCAGCCGACGUAAUCCCAUCCUCCCCGCUCCGCAACCAUGAGACCUCGACCGAUGCCGUUUCCGCUGCUCAAACCGAGCUAGGACAGGACCUCAACUACGAUCCCGAGAAAGGUAUCCCACGCGGCCACAGCCUCAAGCGUCGUGGUCGUUCUGGGCUUUGUGAUGAUAAGGAGAGGCGUUGUGCUUGUUGGCGGCGGUUGAGCAAGAAGGCGCGGUUGGCUAUUAAGAUUGUCAUUGCUAUCGUUAUCUUGGGGGCUAUGCUUGCUAUUGCGCUUGGGAUCGCGGCUGCUGCGGGCGGUGUGGAGGUUCGGAUUGGGAAAUAG